GCAGCGCCGGAGCUGAAGUCGCGACCCGCACGGUGUAGCGUCGGGGUGCUCUGGGGCAACAUGUCGGGAGGAAAAGCCGCGGGCGAGCCCAGCGCUCCUGGAGGGCCCCGCACCCUCCUCUCUGGGGCCCGGGGGCUUAUUGGACAGCGGCCGGCGCCACACCUCACCCCGGGCCGCCUUCCCUCCAUCCGCUCCAGGGAUCUCACCCUCGGGGGAGUCAAGAAGAAAACUUUCACCCCAAAUAUCAUCAGUCGGAAGAUCAAGGAAGAGCCUAAGGAAGAAAUAGCCAUCAAGAAGGAGAAGCGUGAAAGGGAUAGAGAUCGACAGCGAGAGGGGCAUGGACGGGGCCGGGGUCGACCAGAAGUGAUCCAGUCCCAUUCCAUCUUUGAGCAGGGCCCAGCCGAAAUGAUGAAGAAAAAAGGGAACUGGGAUAAGACAGUGGAUGUGUCGGACAUGGGGCCCUCUCAUAUCAUCAACAUCAAAAAGGAGAAGAGGGAGACAGAUGAAGAAACAAAACAGAUCCUGCGCAUGCUGGAGAAGGAUGAUUUCAUCGAUGACCCUGGGCUGAGGAAUGAUACUCGAAACAUGCCUGUACAGCUGCCUCUGGCUCACUCCGGGUGGCUGUUUAAGGAAGAGAAUGAAGAACCAGAUGUUAAACCUUGGCUGGCUGGCCCCAAGGAAGAGGACAUGGAGGUGGAUGUGCCUGUUGUGAAAGUGAAAGAGGAGCCACGAGAUGAGGAUGAGGAGGCCAAGAUGAAGGCUCCUCCCAGAGCAGCCAGAAAGACCCCAGGCCUCCCGAAGGACGUGUCUGUGGCAGAGCUGCUCAGGGAACUGAGCCUUACACAGGAUGAAGAGCUGCUGUUCCUCCAGCUACCAGACACGCUCCCUGGCCAGCCGCCAACUCAGGACGUCAAGCCUAUCAAGACAGAGAUGCAGAGUGAGGAUGGACAGAUAGUGGUUGUGAAGCAAGAAAAAGACCGGGAAGCCAGGCUGGCAGAGAAUGCUUGUACCCUGGCUGACCUGACAGAGGGUCAAGUUGGCAAGCUGCUCAUUCGCAAGUCUGGAAAGGUUCAGCUCCUCCUGGGCAAGGUGACUCUGGAUGUAACAAUGGGAACCACCUGCUCUUUCCUGCAGGAGCUGGUGUCCGUGGGCCUUGGAGACAGUAGGACGGGGGAGAUGACAGUCCUGGGACAUGUAAAGCACAAACUUGUGUGUUCCCCCGAUUUUGAAUCCCUCUUGGAUCACAAACACCGGUAAAAUGAGCAGAUGGAGGAGGAUGGUGACUGUGCCCAUGGCUGCUGCCUGCUCCAGACGUUUUGUUCUAAAAUCUAUGUGACCCAGAAGGAGCCUGUUUGGCCCAUCACUCCAGCCUUUGGCAGCCAUUGUCCCAGUUUUCUGCACAGGGCCUGUGUGGCUCCCUCCCACAGCAGCUAUGCACAGUGAUCUUCCCACAGCAUGGAUACUGCAUGUCCUUGCUGCUGGGGGACUUGUCCCUUCUAUUUAUUUUUAUAUUUAUGUUUUAUCUCUUCAACUGACUGCCUCCUCCCCAGGUAGAGAGGGGAGGGUCUGUGGAAGAGUACAAGCUCCUCGUGGUGACCAUCUUGGUUCUGACUGUGGGAAGUGUAAAGAUUGCUGCUGCUGCUCUCGCUCCCUCCUUCCUCCUGAGGGGCAGUGUCGGAGAGAGAGCAGGGAAUUUUUGAGUCUGAGACUCAGUACUCAAGCCCAGCUCUGUCAGUAACUAGUAGUGUGACCUUGGACAAACUACCUAACCUUUCUGAGCCUCAUAUUCCUCGUCUGACAAAAAUGAGGAUAAUACCUACCUCACAAGGUUGGUGUGAGGAUUAAAUGGAAUGUUGUAGAUGGAAACUCCUUGCACAAGGCCAGACAUGCACAGUAGGCGCUCAAUAAAUGUUAGUUUCCCUUCC